GCGUGGCCGGAGCGGAGCAGCUGAGGCGGCCGUGCCGGGUCCCGCAGCGGGAGAUGUGGGAGCGGAGCCUGGUGGUGUCGGCGCCGGGGAAGGCGAUCCUGCACGGGGAGCACGCUGUGGUGCACGGCAAGGUGGCCUUGGCCGUGGCGCUGGACCUGAGGACCUUCCUCCGCCUGCGGCCCUGCGGAGAGCGCGGGGUGUGCGUCCGCCUGCCCGGGGUCGGCGUCGUGAGGAGCUGGGACUCGCUCAGCCUCCAGGCCCUGCGCAGGGGCUUUGCAGCUGACUUGGAUGAAUCAAAGUCCCCCAGUGCAGAGCAGCUGGAGACACUGAAAGAGUUUGCUGGAAUUGCUGCUGGAGCCUCUGCUCCUGAGAGCCUUGCCAUUCUUGCCUUCCUUUACAUGUACCUGGCUAUUUCGGCUAAGCAUGGAGAUGUUCCCAGUGUGGAUAUACUGGUGUGGUCGGAGCUGCCCACAGGAGCUGGGCUGGGUUCCAGUGCUGCCUACGCCGUCUGCUUGGCCGCAGCCCUGCUGACUGUGUGUGGAGCUGUCUCCUGCCCUCUGAAGGAGGGAGAGCCCACGGCCAGGUGGACAGAAGAAGAGCUGGCUUUGAUUAACCACUGGGCCUUCCAAGGGGAGCGGGUGAUCCAUGGCAACCCCUCGGGGGUGGAUAAUGCUGUCGGUACAUGGGGUGGAGCCCUGAGAUACCAAUCAGGGAAAAUCACACCAUUAAAGAGGGUGCCGAUGCUGAAGAUCUUGCUGACCAACACAAAAGUCCCUCGAAGCACCAAGGUCCUGGUGGCUGGUGUCAAGGAGAAGAUCCUGAAGUUCCCUGCUAUAAUGAACCCGGUGCUGGACUCCAUCGAUGCAAUUUCUCAGGAGUGCCAAAGUGUUCUGGAAGCGAUGCCUGCAAAUCCAUCACCAGAGCAUUACCCUGUGCUGGAGGAACUCUUUGAUAUAAACCAACACCACUUAAACGUGAUGGGGGCCGGACAUCCCUCCCUGGACCGGCUGUGCCGGGUGACAGCAUCCCAUGGGCUGCACAGCAAGCUGACCGGGGCUGGUGGCGGUGGCUGUGGCAUCACCCUGCUGAGACCAGACACCUCCCCGCUGGCCGUGGAAGCAGCCAAGCAAGACUUAUGUGCCUGUGGAUUUGAAUGCUGGGAGACCAGUAUCGGGGCCCCCGGGGUGACCCUGCACUCCUCCUCCUCUUUAAGCACCCAAGUGCUGCACGUGCUCACCGAGAGUUAAGCUGCUGCUGCCUCUGACACGACCUGAGCUCCUGGCACUCUGUCCUGGGACCUUCUCUGCUGUGGGGCUGAGGGCCUCUAGGUGCAGGUGUGGGGCCUGAUGCUGCUGGGAGUGGGGGCUGCCAUAAGGACCCAGGAGCAGCAGGGUGUGAGUUCGACCCAGGCUCUCAAAGUGCUGUUUUGAAUCGCCUUGCUCUACUGCUGUGCUAACCCCAAGGGGCAGGAGGAGAGGGGCUUGGCUGGAAUCUGGCAUGGAUAAUGACCCUUUGCUUGGUUCUGCUACUUCAGAUGCAUGUGGUGUCUCUUCCCUUCUCCCCUGGUGUCAGGCAGCAGAGGUUGGCAAGGUGGAUGUGCAGGGAGCUUUGACAUUUUGGGGUGAAAAGCAUCUUGGCAGCUCAGGGGUUGACACUCACAUCUCCAUUUCUCCCGGACUGCAGCCUCCAGUGGAGAGGAAACCUUUAAAUCCAGCUCUUCCCUGCUACUAAUCAGGAGCUGGAUAAUUAAAAGGGAAGAUGUGGCUCAUUUCUAAUGAGAUUCUCACUGGUUUCACCCUUUCCCGUGGUCUCUGCCUGUAGCCAGGCUCUGCUUCAAACAGCAACUGGUGCCUGCAAGGAGGGUGGCUGAAGGAAACCACUUCUGCUUGCGAUUGCUGUUCUGGGGUCUCUUGUGCUUUGUUCCUAACUGAGUGUGCCCUUGCCCCUGUCACUGGGAUGUGCCUCAUGCCAGGGGCAGGGCAAACACGAGUGUGGUUUAGUUUGGACUAAUCAAGUAGGAAACCCAGCCCCAACCUCCUCAGAAGCUGACCUGAACUUGCAAUUGGCCAAGUAGAAAUGCAUUUAAACAGGGGAGGUGAAUGUAACUGUGGUUUUACUGCUGGAAUUUGAAUGAGCUGUGCCACAGCACCAAAGGGAAUUGGCAGGUGAGUGUGAAGCUGGAGUAUCCUGAAGUCAAUACCCGGACCCUCAGUGGCUGGGGUCUCUUCUGUACCUGUCACAGGGAUUCUGUCACGGUUGGGUUUUAAGUGCAGCUCUGCUCAGGGAUUGCUCCAUUCAAAGCUGAGGAAUAAACUGACAGAGGUGGGGGCUCGUCUUCCUCCUCCACUGCAGGAGGAGAGACUCAAGCGCGAUGUGCUAGCUCUGUCAUCCCAGCAUCGCGGUGGCCAGCUUCACUUCACUGAUCACGUGUAAACUGUCUCUGGUUUUAAUAAAUGGAUGGGGGUUUUAUGUGCAAA